GCGACGACGGAUCGCAUCGCCGACGCCAUCGCCGCCGCCAUCAAAGGUAGGGGAAGCUGAAGAAGCUACAGCGUGCGUGAUAUGCCAAGAGGCAAUCUCCGAGAGAGCCGUUGCGAACCCGUGCGGGCAUGAGUACGAUUAUAUCUGCGUACUCACGUGGAUGGAGGUUAAGCCCCUAUGCCCACUGUGCAAGGUUGCGAUCGAGUGGUUAGAGGUUGGGGGCGUUAAACAUAACGUCCCUAGGAAACCAGCGCCUUCGAAACCCACUUUCUACUCCUCCUCUUCAACUACAACCGACACCCGCAGGCGCCCCUACCGUCCUCGCCGUCCCCGAUCCCCACCCCCCUCCUCAAUCCUCACAAGACGCCACAUCUACACGCACGGUCUGCGCUCCAGCCAUGUAGGCGCCAACCGGCUAAGCAACCACACAAACUUCACCCCGGCAAUCUUCCUCGCCUCUGAGCACCUGCAAUCGCGCGCGCGCGCCUUCAUCCGCCGCGAACUCUCCACGUUCGCCUUCCUGGCGGACAACGCCGAGUUCGUGCUCGAGUACGUCAUCGCCAUACUAAAGAGCGUGGACCUCAAGAGCGCGAGCGGUGCCGCUGAGGACAUGCUCGCUGAGUUCUUGGGUAGGAGGAAUGCCGGCGUUUUCGUGCAUGAGCUUAAUGCCUUCCUCAGGAGUCCGUACGAGAGGGUUGAGGAGUUUGAUCGAUGGGCGCAGUAUCCGAGCCCCGAGAAGGGGGCGGGGUUUGCGGAGUGGGAGAGGGAGGGGGGUGGUGGGCAUGUUGAGAGGGAGAGGGCGCGGGUGAGGGAGAGGGAGGGUAGACGGGAUAGAUGGUCGACCGGCGGAGGUGUAAGUGCUAGAAGGGCCGAUAGGUAUAGACCGGCGGUGUAA